AUGUCUAAUUUGAACAAUUACCAGACUCCGAUGAAUACCUUUUAUACCCCUCCGCCACAUCAACCCCAGACAUACUACAAUAACCCAACAAAUGUACUACAAUCAACACAAAAUUCACCACAAAAUCAGCACCCAUCCCAGACGGGUUUUCAGUCCAAUGAAGGUUUCCAGCAGUUUGUGGUAGAUCGGCUCACAUCAAUGGAUAAUCGCUUAAGCAAACUGGAUUCAAUCGAACAGCAAAUAUCUGUCAUAACCAGUAAAAUGACUUCAUUGGAUACAAGAGUUACUUUCCUUGAAGCAACGGCCCGUGAGUCGGAUUCCAAAAUGAAUGAUAUAGAAAAAAGCAAAGCCUUUGACUCACAAAUUUGUGAUGAACUGCAGAAAAAAAAUUCUGAGCUCGAGAAAGCUUUAAAGGAAGAAAGGUCGAGGAUAGCCUCACUGAAUAAGGAUCUUAGCGCCUUAAAAUCUGUAUCUGAGGAUGUCACAGAUCUACAAUCCAGAUCGAUGAGAGAUAAUCUGUUAUUUUUUGGGUUUGAGGAGGGCAAAACACCAGACGAUAGAAGAACUGAAAAUUGUACAAAACUCAUAUUGGACUUCCUUUCAAACUCUCUUAAGAUUCCAGAAGCCCAUGUGGCUAUCAAAAUUGAACGCGCUCAUCGCCUCGGAUAUAAAUACGAAAUAGGCAAAAGUCGUCCGAUUGUGGUGAAAUUUAAUCAUUACCCGGAUAAAUUACUCGUAAAACAAUUGUCACAUGAAUUUAACCAAUCAUUUGGAAAAGGAAAAUCUGACGAAAAUUCCACGGGAGAGAAUAAUAGUACAAAUAACAGUUAUCAUGUUCAACGUCCGAAAAUCCGAGUUAGCGAGCAGUAUCCGAAAAUCAUUCAAGAUCGACGAAAAAUGCUUAUUCCAACAUUAAUCAAAGCUAAAGAAGAUGGGAAAAAGGCAUACUUGUCAUAUGACAAACUUUACAUCAAUAACAAAAUGUUUACUACAGAGAACGUAUCAAGUGCAGGUUACAAUUAG